AUGGAUACUGAAGGCAGUCAAAGCAACCUGUCCUCGACAGACUCUCCACACGAUCCCUGCAAAAUGUUCAUCGGUGGGCUCAGUUGGCAAACUACACAAGAGGGAUUGAAGGAGUAUUUCUGCAAGUUUGGCGAGGUGAAAGAGAGUAUGGUGAUGAGAGAUCCGAUUACCAAACGCUCAAGGGGUUUCGGAUUUGUCACGUUUGUCGACCAGGCCGGAGUGGACAAGGUUCUGGCACAGACUAGACAUGAACUGGACUCCAAAACUAUCGACCCGAAAGUCGCUUUUCCUCGCCGGGCGCAGCCGAAGCUGGUGACGCGAACCAAGAAGAUUUUUGUCGGCGGACUGUCCGUGAACACCACUAUCGAGGACGUGAGACAGUACUUUGACCAGUUUGGAAAGGUGGACGAUGCUAUGCUCAUGUUCGACAAGACCACCAACAGACACAGAGGUUUUGGAUUCGUGACAUUUGAAAAUGAAGACGUCGUAGAGAAAGUCUGUGAGAUUCAUUACCAUGAGAUCAACAAUAAGAUGGUGGAAUGUAAAAAGGCCCAGCCAAAGGAAGUGAUGUCGCCGACUGGCUCCUCCAGAGGCAGGGCUCGGGUCAUGCCUUACGGAAUGGACGCCUUCAUGCUGGGUAUCGGCAUGCUGGGCUACCCAGGGUUCCAAGCGGCAACCUACACGGGCCGUAGUUACACCAGCCUGACUCCUGGCUACACAUAUCAGUUCCCAGAAUUCCACUUAGAGAGGACUCCCCUCCUGACUUCACCCCACCCCCCCGAACUGACAGCUAUACCUCUGACAGCAUACAACCCCAUGGCUGCUGCAGCGGCCGCAGCAGCAGUAGUGAGAGGGGAUAUAUUUUUCGUAGGUUCCACGCCCUCUCGCUCUGCUGGGUUUCUGGGCACCAGCAGCCCUGGGCCAAUGGCGGACCUGUAUGGAGCAGCCAAUCAGGAAUCAGCAGUCAGCAGCUACAUUAGUGCUGCAAGCCCCGCCCCCAGCACUGGAUUCAGCCACAGUCUUGGGGGUCCCCUCAUUGCUACGGCUUUCACUAACGGCUACCACUGA